AUGGCGGAACCACCAUUAGCUCUUUUUGUUCUGUCCGACAAGAGUACCACCAACGGAGGUUUGCCCUCAUGCUUUGAAAAAUCACCGGUCAGGGAACAAUUACGAAUUGCUUUCGUAUAUCAACCCUGUGCUACGUCGCUCGGCAGAAAGAAAUACGGAUAUCAUGCGCUAGUCCCGGUCACGAUUGCAGAUUCCAAGUCGCCCUAUACCUACGCCUUGGAGAAACAAUACACUGACGGCCCUGGCCUACGGGAGAUCAUGGCCGAGGGUUCCAAAAGACCUCUCCCAUCGACCCAUGUAUCAUCUUUUGCGGGGAGGUCACUAAGAGACUGCGCGCGUUACCUGGGCGACUCCCCCGAUGACGUUUCCUGGGACAAGGAGUAUUUCUUUGCCCUGGACGACAAAUGCGUUGCCGAGGCCACCAUGCCCCUAGUGAAUGCAUUCGAAUCCGAAAGCGGAGACAUCCAUGCAUUCCUGGCUGAAGCAGACCAGGCUGUGGACAGGAUAAUGACUAUGGAAACGACGGCAGAUUUUGAGCUGAAGAUGCAGGGCUAUCAGAGUGUUAUGAAGCGAGAUGGCAAGGCAGAUCGGAGCAUUAUUAUCCCUUUCGAGUUUCCCGACAGUGAUGACGAGGACUGA